AUGAUGACUAAAGAAGUCUGCACAGAAGGUGGCAUGAGCAAAGAUCUGGAAAAGAUCGGGGCGCUGAAGGACUACUACCACUUCUACCAUAGCAGGACGAUUAAAAGGUCAGUUCUCUCAAGCCGAGGAAGCCACAGUUUCAUUUCAAUGGAACCAAAGUGGAGCAGUCAGUGGGGGCUGGUAGAGCCCUACGUGGAAGUGAUUCAAGAUUACACUGGUGCUACAGAGCGAUUUAAGUUCCAAAUCAGAGUCCUCUCAAAGGACAAAAGCAGAUGCGGCCACCUCAGCUUGGUGGCACACAGUGCGCUCCUGGCCUGCCCACUGGAGGCGCAGCUCCUGUCAUCGUCUGGACCACGGCUGCUGGAGACAGUCAAAGUGGCAGCGUGUCAUUUCCUUCACCAACCCAUCUCCAGCAGCACAACCAGUCCUCCCAGCUGGUCCUGUGGGGACCGCCCAUUAUGGAAACGUAGUAGCACCGUCCCCAUGCAGCCAACCAUCCUGGACUUCUCUUUGGGCAAGCCUGGGCCAGGGCCUUAG